GCUCACUCGCUCGCUCGCUCUUCACUGAGAACGCUCUUUACGUCCUUUUCUUUCUUUAUUCCUGUCUCUCUCUUUCUCUCUCUCUCUCUCUCUCUCUACAUCCUCUUUGUCUCUCUCUCGAUUUCGCACAUACUCUCCAUCUUUGUUUCUCACUCUAUCUCUUUUGCACUUUCCUUCUCUCUCUCUCUCUUUCUAUUUCCAUCUCUAUCUCUAUCUCUAUCUCUAUCUAGCUUGCUUCGCAACGCUGCCGAGGAACAGCGUAACGGAUCGAUCGUCACCGAUCGAUGGUAAAUCGAGGCACGCGCUCUCCGAUCGAUCGACCAACGACGACCGACCGUUGGACGACGUUUCCUUCGUCUCGCGAAAUACCGCGAGAAAGGGGCCGCUGUCGGCGCUUUUGCGAUUCGCGUCGCGAAUAUCAUCGUCCAAAGUUAUUUCUUAACAAUAUAUUCCUACGAGAUGGAAAAAAACUAUUUGCUUUACGUAAAAAUCUUCGUUUUAUCGUCUCUUUCGUCAUCAUCUACCUCGUCCUUCUUUUCGUGCUCCACGUCAUAGUUUUUGACUUCUCUCGAAAAAGGAGACCAUAGCGAGGAUAUUAAACGCCGCGAACGACCUCGCUGAUAUGAUUCUGCGCGAAAGAGCACGUAUUUCUUCUUCUUCUUCUUCUUCUUCUUCUUCUUCGUCUUCUUCUUCUACUCCUACCCCCCUCUUGCACCUCCUCCUCCUCCUCCUCCUCCUCCUCCUCAUCCUCCUUGUCUCUUUUAUCCUUCGCCGAGCGUCGUUCGUGGAUGCGUCUUCUUUCUUUUUUUUUUUUUUAGUUUUAGUUUUUUACGAAAAAGGAAGAAGGAUCUUUGGGAUUAUUCUACACAUAUAUAUACAUAUAUCUAUAUAUAUAUAUACAUAUAUAAAAAUAUAUAUACAUAUAUACAUACAUACAUACAUAUAUACAUAUACAUACAUAAAUACAUACAUACAUACAUACAUACAUACAUACAUACGUAUAUAUGUACAUAAUAAAAAAUUUAUAUCAUCUGAAGGACGACGGACCACCGUCACCGUUUUGUUGAUUUCGAAAUGUCCUUUACGCGAACAUAAGUAAAAUUAAUUCUCGUCUCUGACGGUCGAAUGGUACCACCUACAUACAAUACAUACGCGACCACAUAUCUUUUUUUUCUCUAGUAUCUCAUUUCUUUCUCAAACGUUUCAUUUCAGAGUCACCUGAUGAUCAUCCUCUUUGGGGUGGGGUGAGGUAUAGUAGUGGGUAGAGAUAUAAGGGACGUAUGAUUUUCUCUUUUUAUUUUUUAUUUUCUUCCUUUUUUCCUUGAGUUUUCUUUUCUUUUUCUUCUUUUAUUUUUCCUUUCUUUUUUUUGGGGGGGAGUUUUUACAUGGCCAAGAACAUGCACGUACGUACAUAGACGGAGAUAUAUACGAAUUUUUGGAACGAAACUCGUUUAUCCCGCCCGGGCACCACCAUCAUGAGAUUCUACGCCCCUGUGCGCGAGGGUUCCUUCGUAUACUCUCUCUCUCUCUCUCUCUCUCACUCUCUCUCUCUCUCUUCUCUCUCACUCUCUCUCUCUCUCUCGCUCGCUCGUUCGCUCGCUCGCUCGCUGGUACUUCUCUUUCCUCUCUCGUCCUUCUCUCUCUCUCUCUCUCUCUCUCUCUCUCUCUCUCUCUCUCGCUCUCUCUCUCUCUCUCUCUCUCUCUCUCUCUCUCUCUCCAUCUCUCCAUCCAUCCCUCAGCACACCCUCAAUCCGCUCGCUCGAGCACGAGCGCAUGGCAGGGUUGCACCGCGAACGACGAGAGGCGAAUAUGGCUCCCGUAUGCGUGUUUGUCCGUCCUGUCGUGUCGUAUACCUGUCUCUCUGUCGUUGUAUGUGUAUCUGUGUGUGCGUGCGCGCGCAUGUAUGCGAGUAAUAUAUGUGUGUGAGUUGUGCGCCUCAGCGAAAGGCAAGUAACUCUUGUACAUAGGGAGGAAAAGGCUUCGUGUGCGAGUACACGCGGUGACCCUGCGCUGUCGGAUAGAGGUGGACGAGGAGGAAGUUCAGGGCCGCAUCGCGGUUAGAAAUAUUGCACUUCUUUUUACCCGUUUGCCAACUGUGUUUCAUCAUUCGUCGCGUCGUCGUCGUCGUCGUCGUCGUCGUUGUCGCCGUCGUAGUAGUAUCGUAGUUAUACUCGUAAUCGUCGUUGCUUUUCGUCAUAGUCAUCAUAGCGUUGUAGUCAUCGUCCGUUGUUUUCUACGAGUUUACAAAUUUACAACGCGGGAAUUGUGAAUACGAAUUGUGAUCAUGACACUCCCCUCCACUCCCCGCUCUUUUCGAAAUAUAGUCAAUCAGAAGUUAUCGGAAGUGAAAAUUAUUCGUUCGAUAUGUUAUCCGUCGUUCUUAUUUUUCUUUUUUCUUUCGUUUUGCUUCUUUUUUAUUUGAUUCUUUCUUUCAAAUUUCCCGCUCUUACAGCGUCAACGUGAUUGGGUAAACCGUUACGUAUUUAUAGGUUAUGUCGUAAUACAUACCUCGUAUGGAGUAAUACACUUAUGUAGUUUCAAUGAGAAUAUACAAAUGUUGUUUAGAACUAAUAUCAAAUUUGUCCUAAUGAUCUGAUUUCUUUGUUGAAUUUUAAAUUGGUAAGAAAUUCUCGUACCCUAGAAAUAUAUCAUUGAAAAUUCAGAAUCGCUCUGUAAUGCUAUAUACGUACGUAUAUAGCUAAUACAAAACAUACAUACAUAUAUAUGUAUACAUAUAUACAUGUAUAUAUCAUACAAAUAUCAUAUAUCAUCCAUAGUACAUACGUAGAUACAUACAUCAUACAAGUUACAUACAUAUAUACUUCGUACAUACAUAUUUCAUUAUUCCGUACGGUUGACGCACUUUUUCUGCUAAGUUACUUCGCGUUAACGUUACGACGAGAGUAGUCGAAUCUCUUGACGCGUUCCUGGCCUCAAAUACUCUCUCCACGCGUAUGUAUAUAUAUAUAUAUACAUAUAUACAUACAUAUUAUAUACAGAUAGAUUGCGUGUGUGUAUGUACAUAUAUAUGUCGGGUGCGCGCGUAUGAAACUGCGAGCACAUAUUUAUGAGCGUGUAUGUAGAGCCAGGCCAUGCACGAAUAAAGAGCGCGCGCGGGAGAUCGAGAGAGAGAGAGAGAGAGAGAGAGAUGGGUUAUAUGCAUAUGUAUAUACCUCUUCUCACUACAUAGAGCGAUAGUGUUAGAGAGAGAGAAAGAAAGAGAAAGAAAGAGAGAGAAGCGAGUAACGAGAAAGAGCAGUAACUAUAGAAAGCAGUGGCGGCGCUAGCGGAGCGAACGUUCAACAUGAGUGAGAAAGAGAGAAAUAGAGAUAGAGAGAGAGGAAAAUAUAAAAUGAACGAAUAAGAGAGAAAGAGAGAGAGAGAGAGAGAGAGAGAAAGAAGCAAAUAUAGAAAGAAAAGAGAAGGAUGCAUUGGAGAAAGCUCUGUCGUGAGAUAGAGAGAGAGAGAGAGAGGGAGAGUGAGAGAGAGAGAGAGAGAGAGAGGAGAAGAGAAAAAGAGAGAGAGAUAGCAAUAUACGUUGAAACCCCACAUGACUCUCUCUCUCUCUCUCUCUCUCUUGCUAUCUCACUCUUCUAUGCAGCUUCGCGCACAACCCACUAUGCCAGACUCCCACCACGCGAACUUUCGGAAAAAUCAAUAGACUACAAGAAAAGCCUGUGCUGCGCCAGGCGAGUGGAGCCCUCUCCCCUUUCCUCUCUUUCCUAUCCUACUUUCUCUCUCCGUCUCUCUUUCUCUUUCGCAACGUUCGUGCAUCUAUCCGUCUCUCUCUUUCUCUCUUUCUCUCUUUACCAUAGUAUUACUCUCUUUCUCUUGCUAUCUGUCUCUUUCUCUCUCUACCUACUUCCCACUCCCCACUCCCCACUCCCCACUCCUUUCUCUAUGUACCUCGUUUUACCAACGUGGUCGAAGCAAAAGGGGUGGUGGGGUACGUCAGGAAGGGAAAGGGAAGGGAUUUCAGCGAGGAUGAGUGUGUUCGAUAGCAAGUAGGUGUGUUCCGAUAGAAGAAAGAUAGAAAGAAGUAACGAGUAAGUGAGAGAAAGAAAGAGAAAGAGAGAGAUGGAGAAACGCAGCCACCUUUUCGCGUAAUGUCCUCUCAUUCGCCCACGCUCUAUAAUUCUCUCUCUCUCUCUCUCUCUCUCUUUCUCUUACGUAGUGUAUAUAUAUAUACAUGUACAGAAGAACCCAUACAUAUGUAUAUAUAUAGAUACGUACAUACUCCCGCACUCACACACACACAGACGCGUACUCAGAAAUUCUCCCAGGCCACUCCUCUUUCCACCUGCUGCUCCCACAGUUUCGUUCCUAGCCUCUCGUAGAAUUUCUUUCGAUAAAAAAGGAGAGAAAAGAGCGGGACAAACUCUCUUCUCUCUCUCUCUCUCUCUCUCUCUCUCCUUCUGUUAUACGUACGUACGUAUAAAUGCAUGUAUAUAUGUAUGUAUGUAUGUAGUAAGUACCUAAACCGAUUUUUCUUUCGUUUUCGUAGUUACACACGAAAACGAGAGAAUCGUUUGCGUUCGGGAGAAUCUUAGGGAGAAUAAGGGCUCCUCUUCUGUAUAGAACCCAGUACCAUCGACUGUGAAGAAGACCGUGAAGCGAAAGUGAACUAUCUCUCUCUCUCUCUCUCUCUCUCUCUCUCUCCCUCUCUCUCUCUUUCUCUCUCUAACGCACACACAUACUAUACAUACGAAAGCGUAUAGAUAGUUAGCAUUGUACGUUCCAAACGACGACAAUGUUCUUCGGCGGGAUAUUUAAAAACUAGUAUGUACGAAUUUCUUAGAAAUUUGAUUCUCUUUUUCUUUUCCUUUUUUUUUUUUAUUAUUAAGUGAAGUUGGCAACGCAUAAUAAUUAUUUAGCGAAAAUGAAUUGACAUUUUAUCGGAUAAUCAAAUUGCGUAUAUUUUGUAGGUUAUCUUAAUUUAUUUCGUAAGUGUCAUCAAUAUUUCUUUUUGAUUCUUUGUGGAGUUAGUUUCAUAGUAUUAC